GGGUCGGGCCAGUCAGUGCCUGCGCGAGCUGACUCGUGGGAUUGAUGCCUUUGAUAAGUGGAGGUCAUGCCAGAAACAUGAAUGGAACUUGGAAACGUGGCAAAAAAAUGGAAAUGGCGCCAUUGACAUGGAUUCUACAAGAUCUUGUGGCUCUGUCAGGCAAUGUUUUAUUGUUCUCUCAGGUUAUAAUAAACUGAGUACUGAAUAUUAUGAUUCCUUUUCGACUGCUAAAUGUACAGAAGUUGCUAUGCGCAAACAGUGUGCAUUGGACAGGAUAGGUGAGGCCAUUCCACAUAUUAAGUGGACUGAUCUCACUGUAACCAAAGAUUGCCAAAUGUCUAAGGGUCAAGAGAGGGACUUAUCAGAUAAGGGAUUCUCAGUGGAGACUGAAUCUAAAGACAGAGUCAACCUUAAUGUGUUUCCAUCACAAGAUCAGACUGGAGUUGUAAAGGAUUACAAGCCGGCCUCACCAAAUCAUGUCUUUAAUUUACACUUAAACCAGACAACUUCACUCGAAAAUAAGAGUGUUGAAAAUAAACCCAUUACAUUUGAAGAGAACUCAAGGAGCUUACCAGCAAACAUGCUGCUGAUCUCCGAGAUGGAGUCUGAGUCUGUUGGGACUGACGUUUGUGAAGUAACAACCAAAGUUACAAACAUUGCUGACAUCUCAACCAAUGAUUUACCAGAAAUUAAAAUUCAGCGACAAUCUAUUUUGAAGGAAAGUUUACUACCAUCAUCUGUCAGCGUCAACCACACAAACCAGGAGACAUGGACUGAGAAUGAGACACAGGUUGUGGAUGUGACACUUAGAAGAGGGAGUCAAAAAUGUAGGACAUUGGAGAUGGACGUAAAUGCAGAAAAUGCACAAAAAGAAAUUUUAGAAUACUGCAAAGAAUUUAAAACAAAAAUUUUGUGUCAUAGAGAUGUUGAGAUAUUUGAUAAUGGAAGGACGAUGACAAUUGCAAGUGCGGGAGAUUUUUUGGGACAAAAUGAUGAGGUCGAAGUGUUAGAUUUAAGCCUACCAAAAAAGAAAGAAAAAAUGAAGGAAAGGCAGUGUGAAUGGGUUGGGGACUCUCAAUGUGAAGGUUCGCUUCUUAUGGAAGUUGAUGAAAUUGAGGAUGAUCACCAACAUGAGGAGGUGGAGCAAGAGGACUAUGAAAAUGGUUGGAUUCCAAAAGGUGAAGCUCAAACAUAUCUCCCACAGCAUUGGGAUGGACAUCUGUCCCCCAAUUCUCUUAUAGCCAUGUCAACGUUUACCAGUGUACCAAUGACUCCUGAUACACUACUUAUAGAUGAUCAGGGAAUUCCUUACGUGCUCACCCCUGAUGGACAGAAAGUUCCACAGAUUGAUAAUAUACAAGAGACCGAGGAACUAUCCAAAGAAACAGCUCCAAGCCAAGCUGAAGAUAAUGUCCAGGAUGUCUCAGAAUCCAGACAAAAUGCCCAACCUGACAAACUUGGUCAUGUCUCAGUGGAAGCUUCACAAGUUGUUCCAAACCUUGAGUCAACUACAGCACACUCUGUAGUUCUUGCUAAAUCAUCUGUGUCAUCUGCCGUGUCUGAGUUGGCAUCGGUUCCUAUUCAGAUUAUGGCUAAUACUACUGGAUCAAACACUCCCAUUCUGCUUCUUUCUCCAUCUCAGCUUCAAACUCUUUCCUCACCAGCCUUUAAGACUAACCCAGGGCUAAUUACCCUUUCUUUACCAGUUCAGAGUACACCGACCUCCUCCGUGUUCCUUGUUUUGUCAUCUCCUCAGGUGCCCUCUCCUCAGAGUUCGUCCCCAACAGAGCAAUUAUGUCAAAGCUCCUGUACUUCAACUGUUGCACUUCCGUUAGCUGCUUGUCCACUUGACUUGGGAUCUAAAUUAUGUGAACGUCCCUCACCUCUCAGCCUUGAUUCUUCCACAGCUGCAGACAUCUCAGGACUGAAUAACCCUUCUAAUCUUCCUCUUAGCCCUACCUCAUCGACUGUUUCCUCUAGCACUUCCACAGUGAUCUCUACAAGUCCAACCAAGCAACCCUGCACUGAUGCCUACUCAAUGCCAACUUCUUUUAGGGAGGCCCUUGUCAGAUUAGCUGUGUCUGCUGAGAAAAAAAGUGAAAGUAUUAAAACGCACUCGGCCGCUACUUACUCCUCUCUAUCUGAAGAUUCUUCUGCCACUGUCCAUGACAUCAUCACCCACGAGACUGGUACAAACUGUGACGACCAUUAUCCAGCCAUUGAGACUAUGGCUGCCUCAGUAGACCAAACAGACACCAUGUCCACCAAUGACAUCUCUUCCAGCUCACCCCUUCGUCCUGCAUCACCUGAAUUUCCCAUAAAUGACUCAAAAAACCAAGAUACGCAAGGAUUAGGUCCACGUCGCAUCCUUUACUGUCAGUACUGUCCUCGGAUCUUCUACUAUCUUUCGGACCUUGAGCGACAUUCCAUCACGCACUCCCAAAACAAGCCCCACGUGUGCCAAAUUUGCGGCAAGGCUUUCAAAAGAUCAAGCCAUCUUGAGCGACACAAGCACAUCCAUACAGGUCAGAGAAACUUCGUAUGUCAGCUUUGCCCAAGGCGUUUUCGUGAGUCUGGAGAGCUCAUGAGGCACCAGAGAGUACAUACGGGUGAAAAACCUUUUCAGUGCUUAAUAUGCCACAUGCGAUUCGCAGAGCGUAACACGCUGCGGCGUCAUACGAAGCGCAAGCACCAAGGUCAGCAGCAGCAGGCAAUGGACAUGAAUGCAAAGACAGAAUGUGCAGGGAUUUCACUUGUUGGAUUACAGGAUGAACCGGAGGACAAUGCAGAGUGGUACAUCUCAACGCUACCUGAAAUGGAGACUGACAGUGAUACAGAGGGUGAAUGAGCUGCAUAAGGACAGACCAAAUGGGUGUAAGAGAUUUUCAGGAAUAGCAUUGCUGUAAAUAUGUUUUAUUUAAUCUUUAUUGUUAUAACAAUUUCUUUAAAAAAAGUUUAUAUUUCAUUCCACUUCAGUCCAAAAUCUGGCAAUGUCCACUUAAUUUGAAUAAGCUCCAGCUGGUUAGUGGAAAUACACUUAAUUUUUUUAUCAUCUAUAUUUUUAUUAUUCUUAUUUUUUUUUAUCACAUACAGGGUUUGUCCUCAGGGUGUGACAGUGGUAAAAAGUAAAGGAGUAUGUUUAAAAACAUAACUGUAAUUUAUGAUUAAAAUAGUGAUAUGUCUCAAAUUGUGAUACUAUGAUAAUGACAUAUAAAUGUAUCCCCAAGUUAGAUUAUGACAUAUUUAUGAUAUUAGUAACGUCUUGCUCUCUCUUUAUUCUUACUUUAAUGUCAAUGUUUUUAUUUUAAAUGCUUUUUGAAUGUUUAUAUCUGUUUCUUUAAAAAUCCUUUGUUUUUUAUGUUAUUAUUUUAAAAGUAUGCUUUUGUCUGGGCAAAACCCCCUGUUAUCUUCCACUCUUGAAUGACAGCUGUUACAGGUCAUAGCAGAAAGUUAAUGCUUGAAUUUUUUUGUUAUACAAGUAUAUUUAAUUAUUUAACAUGCAAACACUUUACUGUGUCAUGUCAAAAUCACUGUGACACAAUUAUUUGGUGCUCAUGUAGCAUUCAUGUUAGUAUUUAAACAAUCUGAAAUGGCAAGUUUUACCAUUUAAGCUUUUGUUUACUGAAUUUAUCAUAGUUUUAUUAAUAUAUCUUGAACUUAGACUCUGAGAGCCUUUCCUCCAAAGUUAUAUCUGUUGUGAAAGUUGGAUUAACUUGAAAAUUUACUUCAAAUGGUAACUUAAGGUCACUUUAAUUGAAAAAAUUUAGAUAAAAAAGCUUACUUGUUUUUAAGUGUUACCAAUUUAAAAGGACAUUCCACUUUUUAAA